AUGCAAUUAAAAAGUGAAUUAAGAUAAAUUCCUUCAUAAAAUAGAUAUAGGCUUAAGAGAGAAGAAUUUAAAAAAUAGAAGAUGAAUUAAAUUACUUAGAAUGGUUUUGAUUAAAUAUGUUGUUUAUAGGAUAAUUAGAAAUAUAAUCCAUAGAUUCUAUAUAUAUAAAUUAUAUUUAAAGUAAAAUUAGAAAUUUUUAGUUGUUAUUUAAUUUAAAUAAAUGAGCAAUGAUUAUAAUUAUAUGUUUAAGUACAUCGUAGUUGGUGAUACAAGUAAAUGAAUGAAUAUUUACUAUGAAAGAUGUUGGAAAAUCUUGUUUAUUGUUACAAUUUACAGAAAAUAAAUUUUGUGAUCAUACAGAAAGCACUGUUGGAGUAGAGUUUGGCUAUAAAACAAUAAAAUUAUAUGAUUAAUUGAUAAAGCUAUAGAUUUGGGACACUGUAAAAAUAUUAUUCAUAUUUAUAUAGGCAGGUNUAGAUUGUAGCAUUUUAAGAUUAAACCAUUAAUAAUUUUAAAAAUAUUAUCAUUGA